AGCCGCCACCACAUAUGCCCGCGCGACUCCUGCAGCCAAUGACGCCCUGCCUUGAUCUGUGUUUAUCCCUUCUUGCCUGUUUGUCCACCAGGACAGAAAACGACAGAUCACCUCCCACAACGCCAGGACCUGGAAGCCCAGGGAUGUGAGUGCUUACCAGAUGACGGUCUAGACUAUCAGUCACUCAGCAAGGGCGACUGAAACAGACGUUGCCUUGGAGACGCCGGCAGGAGAAGCAGGUUUGGCCUGCGGAGUUCCUGGCCGGUUCAGGACACUGAAUCAGUCGCCAUCCACGGAGACAUUUUGGUUUCCUCCCUUCAGAACCAGAUGAGGUUCGAGGGCUGUGAAUGAAGCCUGGCUCCCUCACUUCAAAGAGGAGGACGCCGAGCCCUCCGUUGCCCGUGGGUGGGGCCAGCACCAGGGCCCAGGCCUCUGGACUCUGUCCCCAGGCGACAGCAGAGAAGGGAGCUGGCAGUGUCCACGCGGGGACUUCCCACUCCCCCUCUCCUUCUGUCCUUCCUUUCUUCCCACACCUCCUGAGUGCCCCCUCUACGCCUGGCACACCAGAGGUCCCCAGAAACGUUCCGGAUGCUAUUGCGUCUAGAAAGCUUCUUCAAAAACCUCUGGAGUGGAUCCACGUCCCGUCUCUGCGAGCCGCGUGCAGCCUUGGCUCCGGCCUGAAGCUGUGCACGAGCUGCAGGCCCCAGGGGCACAGGGACACCGUCCUGGCUGUGGUCCUGGUGACCUUGGGAAAGUGACCCUUGGCAUCCGUCAUCAAACUCAGGUCACUUCCAGCUCAGAAAGUCAAGACUGCGUCGGACCUGCCUCGGGGGGCAGCCCAAGGCUCUCCCCUGGUUUGAGCCUUGUCAGUGCACUGGUUCAACAACAGUGGAGACGACCGGAGGCUAGAACGCUGGGGCGCUGGAGAGCAGACACACAGCAGCUCCCCGGAACCCAGAGCCUGGCUGCCCGCUGUCUGCCGCCCUGCCCUGCAGCUCCAGCCCCGUUCCUGCACCCCGUGACCUCUCAGGAGCUAUUUUCUAGAAUAUGUUAAUGGUCACACCAGCCGCCCGGGACAGAAAUAACCACACACGGGUAAUGUUUAACCGCUCUCCGUUCCCUCCCCGCCUCCCUCGGCUUCAUUAGGGCUCCUGUGGGCUCCUGAAGUGGUGCGGCGCCACCCCAAGGGUCCCGGGCGCCACGGCCGCGGCCUUGGCCAUGGCCAGCACGGCCGUGCAGCUCCUGGGCUUCCUGCUCAGCUUCCUGGGCCUGGUGGGCACACUCAUCACCACCAUCCUCCCGCACUGGCGGCGCACGGCGCACGUGGGCACCAACAUCCUGACGGCCGUGUCCUACCUGAAGGGGCUGUGGAUGGAGUGUGUGUGGCACAGCACCGGCAUCUACCAGUGCCAGGUCUACCGCUCGCUGCUGGCGCUGCCGCGCGACCUGCAGGCGGCCCGCGCGCUCAUGGUCAUCUCGUGCCUGCUGGCCGGUGCCGCCUGCGCCUGCGCCGUCGUGGGCAUGAAGUGCACGCGCUGCGCCAAGGGCACACCGGCCAAGGCCGCGAUGGCCGUGCUGGGCGGCGCACUCUUCAUGCUGUCCGGUCUGCUCUGCAUGGUGGCCGUGUCCUGGACGGCCAACGACGUGGUGCAGAACUUCUACAACCCUCUCCUGCCCAGCGGCAUGAAGUUCGAGCUGGGCCAGGCGCUCUACCUGGGCUUCAUCUCCUCGUCGCUGUCGCUCAUCGGGGGUACCCUGCUCUGCCUCUCCUGCCAGGACCAGGAGCCCCGGCGGCCCUCCCGGGCGCAACCCCGGCCCAUCUUGGCGUCGGCGCCCACCUACCAGCCCCCAGCCGCCUACAAGGACAACCGCGCCCCAUCCGUGACCUCGGCGACACACAGCGGGUACAGACUGAACGACUACGUGUGAACCAGGGGCCUGCACGCCCACCUGUGUGAGUCCCCUGCGCUGUGUGCCCGGCAGGUGCAGGCUGCGGGACCUUGUGCGAGUCCCCAGGGCCCGCACAGAAAGCCUGGACUGCUUGCUUGGGGAGUGGACAGUGUGAGUUUCUGCUUCUAGACUGUGCUUCCGAGGUGCUGGUGGUCACCCUCAGAGGCUGUCCGGCUCAGAGACACCGAGCCCCAGGAGCAGCCACCACCCAUGCAGGCCGGCGCGGCGGUGGGAACCAGCGUGAGCGCCUGGGGGCCUGUCUACUGUCCAGCCUCGGAGCCUGAUGGAUGUGUGGCCACAUCACGACGUUUGCUUCUGGGCCGGUUCCGAAUCGAAAGGAACACUGUGAGCAGGGACGAGAACUCGGUGUACCAAAGACUCCCAAAUACUCCCUUCUGCUUUUGUAUUUAUUCUAUGUAUCUUACGUGGGUGGCUUAAUAACGGCACAAUAAAAACCAACUGGUGAG